AUGUAUCUGUAUGAUAGUAUUUAUGUCGUCAUCCAUCUCUUGCAGCUGAAGAAAGUACAUACCACACAUCCACUGCCUGCUUUCCAUGAGAGUUAUUUACAUGAUAGUUCACGUCGGCGUAUUCGCAAUAUCACCACCCCGGCAUUCUGGGGGAAGGAUAAGGGGCUUUGGACGCAGGUAGCUACAGUGACCUCAGUGACCUUGUUGACGAUGGGCACGGGGGGCAUAAGUGCAGCAUACGACAUUAGAAAAGCACAGUGGACUAUGGGCUGGUGGCAGGAUCAUGUUCUAAGCGAGCUCGGCUUUGAACAGGGGGAUUGUAUCAACACGAAGGAUGAUCUCAUGCGCCGGGUACCCGGUGGCAACGACUCCUCAGCUCUCCUUCCACUGCCUGACUACUCCAUUCCGAACACUGGUUCUGAGGAGCUAGCAACUGUCCUAUUUAUGACUGUACCUGACUCCUCAGACCCCUUUGCUGCUGAACUUGCCUCCAUUAUGCGCUCACUCCUUGAGAAUCCUCGGGAAGUCACUGGGGGGUAUUUACCUACAGGCCCAUGUUGA